AUGCUGAUUACUCCUUGCCAUUUUCGUAUCGUCGGACUGCGAAAUGCACAACGCUCCGUUCAAACAGCUUCGCGCUUGAAGUUGGCUUACGACCUUCACGAACCCCUGAAGCCACGAACAACACCAGAGGAUGCGCCAAUUAUCUUUCUGCAUGGCUUGUUUGGAUCAAAGAAAAACAAUCGGGCCAUGAGCAAGGCACUGGCCCGUGAUUUAGGCAGAUAUGUAUAUGCUGUGGACCUGAGAAAUCAUGGCCAAUCCCCUCAUGACAGACGGCAUGACUACCUGUCCAUGGCUGAGGAUGUCUUCGGCUUCAUCAGUGAUCGUGGCCUUCAGAAUACCACCCUGAUAGGUCACUCAAUGGGAGCAAAGACUGCUAUGGCAUUGGCUCUACAGUUUCCUGGCAGCGUAGCGGACAUUGUUGCCGUCGAUAAUGCCCCUAUAGAUGCAUUUCUGGGCUCUGAUUUUGCAUCCUACAUCCGUGCCAUGAAGAAGGUGGAGCAGUCUCACGUCAUAAAAUUAGCAGAAGCAGACGAGAUACUGCAAGAAGUAGAAAAGGUUGGAAAAAUUCGCGCGAUGGUCCUUGGCGGCGCCUGUUUGAGGCUAACCUGCUUACAGUCGCUUGCGAUCCGGCAAUUUCUUCUGGGGAAUCUUCAUCGUGAGCCUGGUCAAAAUAUUCAGACAUUUCGAAUUCCUCUUGAUAUCCUGGGUGCUGCUCUGGGCCACUUGGGUGAUUUUCCCUUUAAAGACCCAGGGCAAGUUCGGUUUGAAAAGCCGGCUCUAUUCGUGCGCGGCACAAGGAGUAGAUACGUGCCUGAUGAAGUGCUCCCCACACUGGGACAAUUCUUCCCCAAAUUUCGUCUAGUAGACAUUGAAGCUGGUCACUGGCUUAUUUCAGAGCAGCCGGAAGAGUUCAGAGAAGCCCCAGCUGUCGUGGAAUUUCUGCAAAAGCACAACUGA